UAUAUAGUGAAUUUCCACCCCCCAUUAAAUGUGGUUAUUAACCACAACAAAGAUGGCGGCUUUUUGAAAAAUUGUGGAACAAAACGGGCUUAAAAUUUCGUUUUAUUGAACUACUAAGGGUUGUCUUUGGUUAAGACAGGAUGUCAGAGAAGGAGGAACUUCCCAAGGUUAGCCCGAAAGAGGUUUUCGAUCGCUUGACGUUCGGAGUAGUGAAAUCACUAGAAAAGAAAAAAGGUGUACUUGAUAUCCAUGUAGAAGAAAGAAAACCAGCAGAGAGACAUCUAGUCGUGAGCUGGGAGCAGAAACACUCUUGUAUCCUACCAGAAGAUGUGAAAAACUUUUACCUUACCAUGAAUGGACUUUUGAUGACCUGGAAAAUCAAAUUUGAUGAAGUGUUAAUGAGGCUGGGCAGGAUGGAGAUCAAUCCUAUCUCAGACCUGAAGAAGCUGAACAGCACAUCCCCCACAGCUGGGACCAGUAACAACCCGUCCCUGGCAGAUAUAGACUCAGACAGUGAGACUGAUGAGGAGGGGGAUGACACAGUGCCCGUCAAACCUCACUUUGACAGCCGUAGUCGCAUCUUUGAGCUGGACCCUUGUGAAGGUACUGGAAAGGUGUGUCUUGUGUUCAAGAAUACAAAACCAGGAGUGCCAGCCCAGGGGAUGGAGAUUUGGUUCCUGGACCGCGCCCUGCGGUGGAACUUCCUGACGGACAGCUUCACACACUACUUCAGGAUGAUGAUCAUGCACCUGGGCCUGCCACAGUGGCAGUACGCCUUCACUGACACAGGGCUCAGUCAUCAGGCAAAGCAAUGGUUCAACAUGUACGCACCCGGGAGGCUUGCCAUGGACAUGCGGGACCGCGGGCCGGAGGGGCAGGACCAGAGGGAGGCUGACCCCUGCAGCGCUGACCCCUCCAUCCCCACCAACAAACUGGACCCUGCUAGAGUCUUCAAGGGGAAGAAAGAUCAAAAGUCUAAGUCUCAACCCAAGAAGAAACCCACUGGACAGUCUACAGCAAGAUCUCAAGUUCCGGGAAUGUCAAGGCCGUCAGCGCAAGCAACUGCAAGAACAACAAAGACUUAGAGCAAAGUUUAUCUCCAUUAAUUAAAUAGAUUUGAAAGCUUUUCUGAAAUGGGAGACAUACCAUAUUACACUUACAGUUACAAGGCAAAAGUUUGUUGUAACAGUAAUAAUGUGAAAGUUCACCUUUGACAGUAAUUGACAGUAUAAAGAUUUGUGCACUAUCUCAGUACACAAAGUAAAGCACUUACCAGCAAGCUCUCUGGAGUUGAAAUUACCUUUUUAAAAUAUCUCGCAAAAGAACAUGCAGACCCUCAGAUAUCACCCAGGACAAACUCUGCUCAGUCAUGCUGGACAGGAACUUGUACAAGUCCUGGUGUCACCUCUCAAAUUAGGAUGGACUGAACUGAAUUGAAAAUCAAUUGCCUUGAACAACAAAAACGUCACCUGUACAUAUAUAUGACGAAUUGCAUGUAUAUAUGGAAAAAAACACUGUUGUUAUUAUUUCCUUACAGACCCUAAUGUUUUUUGUUUUAUCCUAUUUUUUUACCACAUUGCGAGUUAUGGUAGAAUAUAUAUCUCAAUGCCUUAAUAGAAACAGAAUGUGCUUGCAACUGUUGACAUUGCAUAUGGAAAAAUAAAAGAUGUGCAAGAAUAUUUUGUGGAGAGGGGUGUGUGCUGACAUAGUACUUUACAAUAAAUUACAUCAAAGUUGUUGUAAAUGUGGAUCCAAAUAAAGUCAAGUCAAGUAACACUGA